AUGUCCGUGAGCGGCGGCGAGGUGGCGAAGGCGCCGGAGGCGCCCUGGGCCGUCGCCGGCGCCUGCGCCGGCGCCGUGCUCUUCGGCUACCACCUCGGCGUCGUGAACACGCCGCUCGACGCCAUGUCGCGCACGCUGGGCUUCGCCGGCGACGCCAAGGUCGCGGGCGCGGUCGUGUCGAGCACGCUCGUCGGCGCGACGGCCGGGUCGCUCCUCGGCGGCGCGGCCGCGGACAGGUGGGGCCGCCGCGGCGCCAUGGUCCGCAACUCGUUCCUCCUCGCCGCCGCCGCCGCGGGCUGCGCGGCGGCGGGCACCGUGCCCCAGCUCCUCGCCGCGCGGCUCGCGGCCGGCGUCGGCAUCGGCAUCGUCUCUUCGAUCACGCCGCUCUACAUCAGCGAGGUGGCGCCGACGGCGCGGCGCGGCGCCUACGGCGCGCUGAACCAGGUCGCCAUCUGCGUCGGCAUCCUCCUGUCCAUCGCGACGGGCCUCGGCGUCACGCCGACGAGCCCCGGGUCGCGGUGGCGGCCCAUGUUCGCGUUCGCGCUCGUGCCGACGCUCCUCCACCUCGCGCUCGCCCUCAAGGCGCCCGAGUCGCCGCGCUGGGCCGGCAACGCGGACAAGCAGGCCAGCGCCGCGCGGCUCUGGGGCGCCGCCGCGGCCGCGGAGCUCGGCCCCGCGGCGGCGACGUCGUCCGACGGCGGCGGCUCGUGGGCCGCGAUGGUGUCGCCGCGGCACCGCCGCGCGACGGCGACGGCCUUCCUCCUCUUCGUCCAGCAGCAGUUCGCGGGCAUCAACGCCGUCGUCUACUUCUCGACGAAGGUCUUCCGCGAGGCCGGGUUGCAGUCCGCGGUGCUCGGGUCCGUCGCGGUCGCGCUCACGAACAUCCUCGGCACGGUCUGCGUCGCGACGCCCCUCAUCGACAAGUUCGGCCGCAAGGCCAUGCUCUGCUCCUCCUACGCGGGCAUGGCCGCGUCCAUGGCCGUCAUGGCCGCGGCGGCCGCGACGCCGGCGCUCGCGGGCACGCCCGCGCUCGCGGCGACGUCGUUCCUCGGCACCAUCGCCUACAUCUUCGCCUUCUCCUGCGGCUGCGGGCCCGUGCCGGGCCUCCUCACGCCGGAGCUCUUCCCCUCGAAGCUCCGCGCCAAGGGCGGCUCCAUCGGCAUGCUCUCCCACUGGGGCUGCAACACCGUCGUCGGCGCCGCGUUCCUCCCCCUCGUCGCCCAGCUCGGCCUCCCGGCGGUCUACGCGGGCUUCGCCGCCGUCGCCGCCGCCUCCGCGAUCUUCGCCAAGGUCGCCAUCGAGGAGACGUCGGGCGCCGCGCUCGAGUAA